CUUGCAUCGUCAGCCAUGUUCGUCGCCUUCUCUGGGCUUCUCAUUCCUGCGUCACUCGACACCUCUCGAUCCAUGGCAACUGUAGCGGAAGAUGUUGUCCAGGCUGCUUCGCCCUCUGCGGCUGGGGCAGAUCGUCCGCGCUCGCAUCGACACAGAUCUUGUCGACGGUCGUUGUUUCUGUGAUUUAUCGUGACAUGCGCCACCGACGCUCCCUCUUUGCCGGGUGUUUGCGCCUAUAUUACAAUCUUCAGAUCUCUCAAUCUAAGAACCAAAGAUCAUUGGAAAGAGCAUCUCUAGAACUAGCUCGCUGCGCUUUCUCAUUACACAGAAAAAUAUAUCUCAGACGGGUAUGACCGACCACGG